UGUUAAUGUUUUGAUAUAGAUUAUUUGAGCGUAAGAGCACCUUAUAAACGAAACAUCCGGACUAAGAAGUACGUUUUGCUGUAAAUAACCAAUUCACUGGUUGGAAAGUACAAGUUAUGUUUGUUUCUAGGUGUCAGCCGGUGUUUACUGAGAUGUGUAACUUCCAAGUAUUGUUCGCUGUUGUUGAACUAGUGUUAUUUGUAUGUUUCGCUGAGUCUAGUAACAGGGCUAAAGUAUUUUACUUCCAUGAAGACGGUUUAGCUAAUGAGAUUACUACAGAAAAUGAUUGGCAAGUGAAGUUAGUAAAAAUAAACAAAGACAUGCGUCAAGUGACAUUUAAUCUGCCAUUGGGAUUUCUGAAGAGACAUGAUGAAUUCUACGGUCGCAUGACAAAUCGGACAAUCAUUGUCGCUACAGAUAACUACGUACCCUAUGUGGUGAUUCGCACAAGCAACAACGAAACGAAACUGUCGGGGUACAUCGGGGAGCUGUGGUUAAUCCUCGAGCGAGUGUUGCAAUUCAGGACAGCAAUAAGAAGGGCCGGGUUCUUGGAAGGUCAAGCCCUAUUGAGAUCGGGAGCUGCUGAUGUGUUGCUUGCGCCGGCAGUAAUUACUGGAAACAAUAUGGGCGAAUUUGACUUCACUAGACCCGUAGCCUCUAGCUGGUACGAAUUGUACGUGAGGAAGCCCGAAAGCCAGGCGUCUCCAGAGUCUCACUUCACCGUGUGGAGUCCUAACCUAUGGAUGGCUACAGUAGCCACAGUGACGCUUCUGAUUGUGACUAUCAGAGUCACGUACAAGUUCGGUGCUUUCGAAGAAAACUCGUCCUUAAGUACGGACCCGCUUCAUGGAGUCCUUAAGGAACAGGAUCACUUUGGCAUCUGCGUCCUGUCAGUGCUCGGAAGCAUUGGAUCAGAAGGGUUUCAGCUGAAGCCCAGCUCAGCCUCCGGUCGCCUGCUGAUGGUGACCACGCUGUUGUUCAGCCUGUUGCUCUACAACUCUUACUCUGCGGUCCUGAUGGCAAGUCUUGCCGUCACCAAUCCAACUCUGCCCUUCAUCAACCUGGAGGAUGUAGCCAGGAAGGGCACUCAUGCGCUCUGUGUCAGGAACCUCAGCUACGCUUACAUGAGACUAAAGGAGAAAGAGUCAAAUGAAGAAGUUGCACCAAGAUGGCGAGACGUGGUUAGCAGAAAACCGUGCGGAAAUGUGGUUGACAACCGGGGCCUGGAGGCGGCGUUGUGCAAAUGGCGCGUCGCGGUACUGGAGACGCCUUCCAACAUGGGCGUCGUGACAGCGAAUGCGUCGUUAUCCUGUCAGAUGAAACAAAUUCGUGGCCAGUACUUCGCCGUGCCUGUGUCUCUGGAGCUGAGGGCUCGGUUCCCAUAUACCAGCUUAAUUAACUCCUACAUCCACCGCCUGCACACGAGCGGAAUUCUGCACUACUUACGCACGAAAUGGACCUCUAACACGCCCGCGGUUUCGGAAGAAGAAUCGGUGCCCAGCACCACAGUCACACUACGCCACGUGCAGCUCAUCCUGUCACUGUAUGCUGCAAGCAUUGCGUACAGUCUCCUGCUCUUGAUGAUCGAGAGAGCGUGGUUCAGAAGACACAACCAACACGUGCAUCAGGCUACGGUUUCACGAAAAUAUGAGACAUUACCAAUCAUGAAAACGUAAUAACGGGCGGAAAAGUGUAUCAAACAUUCAGUCUCGACGUGUUUGGAAUAUUCCCAUAGAAAGAUGGCCGUCUUCUGGGUCGUUGUGCCGUGCAGUCUGUUAAAAGUCUACCGACGUUU